GAGGUGACCCCUCGCCCCUGCGUUGCAGCUCCUUGCUCGGAUCGAGCGCAUGGAAAGGCGGGUGCAGCUGGUGAAGAAGGACAGCGAGCGGGAGAAGCACCGCAUCUUCCAGGGCUUCGAGGUGGAGGAGAAGCCGGAGGCGGAGGUGUGCGAGAAACUGCCCCUGGAGUGUCCCCAGGACCUGUUGGAGCCCCCCCCGACCCUGCAGCCCAAGCACUUCCCCUACGGCAGGAACGGGAAAGGGCAUAAAAGGAAGCCGACGUUCGGGAGUGCGGAGAGGAAGACGCCCGUUAAAAAACUGGUGUCCGAAUUCUCGAAAGUGAAGAGUAAAACUCCGAAGCACUCCCCGGGGAAGGAGGAAUCGAGCGGCUCCUUAUCCGAAACUGUUUGUAAACGAGAACUGAGGAGCCAAGAGACUCCGGAAAAACCCCGCUCCCUCUUGGAGACCCCGCUCCGAGCUUCGGCCCCGCCGAAGGGUCCCGGUGCCCACCCUAAGGAGAAGGGCUUCUUCAGCAGCGAGACAGACGACCUGCCCUAUCUCUCCACCACCGAAAUGUACUUGUGCCGCUGGCACCAGCCGCCCCCGUCGCCGCUGCCGUUGCGGGAGCCCUCCCCAAAGAAGGAGGAGACUGUAGCAAUUCCGUCUUGGAGGGACCAUGUCGUGGAGCCCCUGAGAGACCCCAACCCCUCGGACAUCCUGGAGAACCUGGACGACAGCGUCUUUUCCAAACGGCACGCGAAGCUGGAGCUGGAUGAGAAACGAAGGAAAAGGUGGGACAUCCAGCGGAUCAGGGAACAGCGAAUUCUCCAGCGGCUGCAGCUCCGAAUGUACAAAAGGAAAGGGAUUCAGGAGUCGGAGCCUGAAGUUACCUCAUUUUUCCCUGAGCCAGAUGACGUGGAAAGUUUGCUCAUCACCCCCUACCUGCCCGUCGUCGCCUUCGGCCGGCCCUUACCAAAAUUGACCCCACAGAAUUUCGAGCUGCCCUGGCUGGACGAGCGCAGCCGCUGCCGGCUGGAGAUGCAGAAGAAGCAGACGCCGCACCGGACCUGUCGGAAAUAACGGAGCCACCGGGAGCUCCGCAUGUCACCGGGGUCACCCCGACGGCCGCUGCCCCCCCUGCCUUCUCGUCGCCGGAUGGUUUCGUUCCUCCGUCCCCCCAGUUCUGUUCUUUUUGGGUUUUGCAACAUGUUUCCUGGACUCAUCACCCUGGUUGAGGUGUCCCCACCGGUGGCACCAGCCCCCGGGGCGGGUGGCGGGCGGACCCUGGCCCCGUUCUGCCCGUCCUCGCUGCCUCUGCCCUUCCGCAGCCCCCCUCGAGGUUUAUUUUGGACGUUUGCCUUUGUGCCGGGGGGGGUUCCGUGUCCUGCCAGGGCUCUGCCCGCCGCUGCCUUCGUGUUAGGUUUGGUUAGAAACGGGGAUAAGGAGCCGUUGGUGUCGGUGCGGGCCGAGGUUUGGGGUCCCGGGGGGUCCCGCUCUGGGCUCUUCCCCCCUCUCCAGGGUU